GAAAAUCUUCAGGUUAUUUUUCUGGAGCGAUCUAGACUUUUCUUGAGAUGUCUUAGUGUCUCAGGGGGAUGUUUGGAUGUUGUCUCUCUACGUUUGGAGUUAUUGAUCAGUUGGAAGAAGUUCAUUCUCGAGCAAAAUCUGUAGAAAAUUGCUUUUUUUAAGGGGAACUUUAAAACAUGGCAGAAGAUACCUGACAUCCAGCUAGACAGCACCAGUUCCUCCAUAGACCUGGAAUCUGAACUUGUUCCUCUGGGAAUGCUCAACUGAUCUCAGAAGUGGAACAGUGGCGCAUCAGAAGAUGACAGCCUUUUCAUGAUGCCCAGCAACUUUGGGGGUUUGCCAUGGAAGAUGAGUCUUAUCCAGAAUGCCGAGCCCAGGAGCUUUUUGAUGAGUUUGUGGCUGCAUCAACCUGCAGAGCAGCACUGCGCUGCUUUAGCCAGCUGUGUGAACAUCUGCAGCUUGAUUGCAUUACCACCGAAAAGCCUCUCUACCAACCAAUCAAACGGCGGCUCAACUACUGGAAGGCCAAUGCUCUGUGGGCCAAACUGGACCGGAGGGCAGCCCAGCCGGAGUACCAAAAUGGCCGGGUCUGCAGCAACAUGACAUGUGUAAUCAUUGGGGCGGGGCCCUGUGGUCUGAGGACAGCAGUGGAGCUGUGCUUCAUGGGAGCCCGGGUCGUGGUCCUGGAGAAAAGGGACUCAUUUUCUAGGAACAACGUUCUCCACCUUUGGCCGUUCACUAUCUAUGACCUGCGGGGCCUUGGGGCCAAAAAGUUCUAUGGAAAGUUCUGUGCCAGUUCUAUCGACCACAUCAGUAUCCGCCAGCUGCAGUUGGUUUUGCUGAAGGUUGCCUUGCUUCUUGGGGCGGAAGUGCAUGUCAGUGUGGAGUUUAAACAGCUGGUGGAGCCACCAGAGGACCAGCACAAAAAUAAGGAGGGCUGGAGGAUGGAGGUGAGUCCAAAGUCCCACCCAGUCAGUCAGCUGGAGUUUGACGUCAUCAUUGGAGCAGAUGGACGCAGAAACACGUUGCCAGGUUUCAAGCGGAAAGAGUUUAGGGGGAAGCUGGCCAUCGCCAUCACAGCCAACUUUAAAAACAGAAACACCUCAGCAGAGGCCAAAGUGGAGGAGAUCAGCGGAGUGGCGUUCAUCUUCAACCAGAGGUUCUUUCAAGAGCUGCGGCAGGAAACUGGUAUUGACCUGGAAAACAUUGUGUACUACAAGGAUGACACACAUUACUUUGUUAUGACUGCAAAGAAGCAGAGUCUGUUGGACAAAGGAGUCAUUUUACAGGACUUUGCAGACACUGCACAGCUUCUUUCUCGAGGGAAUGUGGACCAGGAAGCUUUGCAGUCAUAUGCCCGUGAGGCCGCAGACUUUUCCACCAAUCACCAACUGCCAAUUUUGGACUUCGCCAUGAACCAUUAUGGUCAGCCGGACGUUGCCAUGUUUGACUUUACUUGCAUGUACGCUUCGGAAAACGCCGCUAUGAUUCGUCAACGCCACGGCCACCAGUUGCUGGUUACACUGGUUGGAGACAGUCUGAUGGAGCCCUUUUGGCCGAUGGGGACGGGUGUAGCUCGGGGAUUCCUAGCAGCUCUGGAUUCAGCUUGGAUGAUAAGAAGUUGGGCACAGGGUACAGAUCCUCUUGAUGUCCUGGCUGAAAGGGAGAGUUUGUACCGUCUGCUCCCUCAGACAACUCCAGAGAACAUGCAGAAGAGCAUCAAUCUGUUCACAGUAGACCCAGUGACAAGAUACAUAAACAUAAGCCCACUGACAGUCACACCUGCUCAGGUGAGACACCUGGUGAACACAGGCAACGAGGCGGGGCUAAACACGAGUGAAAGUGAGAUUACCCGGCUGCCUUCCCCCAGACUCUUAAGACAAGAUUCCUUCUCUCAGUCCAAUCACCUGUUGACUUGGUGUCAGCAGCAGACUCACGGUUACAGAGGGGUCACCGUUUGUGACCUGACUACUUCCUGGAAGAGUGGCCUUGCCCUGUGUGCUCUUAUCCAUCGGUGCCGACCAGAUCUGAUAGACUAUGACCGUUUGGACGAGUCAUCAGUGGAGGAAAACAUCCAACUUGCGUUCGACGUGGCCGAGCAAGAGUUUGGGAUUUCUCCUCUGAUGACGGUGGAAGAAAUGUCUUCUGUUGGAGAACCAGACUCUCUUUCUAUGGUGAUGUACCUGAGUCAGCUCUACCAGGUGUAUAAAGAAUCGCUGCGCCCUGCUGGCUCUCUGAGUCAGAAUGCUGAUCUGAGAGCAGCUCUCAUCACUCCAGCUUCCCUCCUCAGCAGACUGGGAACCAGUUCUUCCAGGAAGAGAAACCCAAAGGAGCGUGGCGAUGCUCUGGGCAAAAGGAGGAAACCGAGUCAGGAGAGUGGAGAGAUUGAGGAGUCGUCUGACUUUAACUGUGACUUUGAGGAGAACUUUGUGGGCGGUACCAGUCGCUCCAGAGUUCGUCUGAUGGCCAAUCAGCUGCAGGCAAAGCUGGACGAGAGCUCUGGCUCUUGCAUGACUUCCUCCUCGUCUUCUGCUUCAGCUCUACGUCAGCAGCAGGGGGAGCCCUCCAGCCUCCCUUCUCCUUCAGAGUCUGCAAACCAGCAGCAGCUCACUCCACCAGUUCAGACGUCGUCAUGGAGACCGAAGAAACGGACUCUUCAGCAGGAGCAGAUGAGUUUUCGCUUCAAAGAGAGGAUCAAGUCUCACUGUGCCGCCAACAGGGACGAGCAGUGUCUUCGGAUGUACACCGGUGGAGUGAGCUCAUUGGCGGAGCAGCUAACCCGCCGUAUUCAGCAUCAGCAGCAGAGCAGCUUGGUCCCCGUCGGCAGUGACGUCUGUUUCUUCUGUAAGCAGAAGGUUUAUGUGAUGGAGCGUCUGAGCGCCGAGGGGCUGUUCUUCCACCGCAGCUGUUUUCGUUGCGCCUCCUGCAGCGCCCCCCUCAGGCUGGUUUCCUACACCUACGACCAGGACAGCGGGAGCUUUCACUGUCUGCAGCAUCCUGACUGUCAGCUGGGGGCUCCCACCCCGAGGAAGAGGCUGACUCCCUCUGCGUCGCUUGGAACAUCAACGCCGUUGCUGUCUUCAGCUCCGUCCCUCUCCGACUCCCUGAGCGAACGCCGUUGUUCUUCAGCUGCUUCUGUGAUGGCGGCGACGCCCGAGAGGAUCGAGCUGGAAAACUGCAGGGAGGAGCCUGAGGAGGUUUCUGAGGAGGUUCUGAACCGGUUUAACCUGGACGUGGAUGGGGGGGUUCAUGUCAGUUCAGAGGAAGAGGAGGGUGGAGAAGGGCCGGGCUGCGCUUCCUCACAGGAAGCGACAGCUCCGUGGAGAGAUCCUCCACUCCCCCGGAAAAGUGAGGAGCCAAAGGAGGUGGAGGAGGAGGAGGAGGGAGAGGAAGGCAGCACUGAAGACGAAUCCAGCGACGAGGGGGAGUACAGCCCGUGGGAGACGGAGCGUCGCUCGGGUCUGUGGCUCCUGUUAGAGGAGGAAACAGAGGAGGAGUCUGUGUCUCUUGCCUCAGACACACCUGUGCAACGUGGCUGCGCCUCCACCCCACAGCCCCGCAUCUCCUCCCCUUCACUCCCCUCUGGGACGCCCUGCAUCGCUUCCUUCGCCACAUCAGAUGACUCCACUCCUGAUUCAGACCUCGCCAGAACGCCUCUGUCCCCUGUGGUUAUCAUGGAGGCGACAGCACAGAAACGACCUACAGCAAGGGGGCGGAGUUCGUUUGAUGACAUCACACCUGAACUGCCAGAGAAAAAGCCCCUGCUCCAGCAAGAGGAAGAGGAGGUGUCAGAUAGCGUGAGGAGGAGACAGAGGCACAGAGAAGCUCAGAGUCUGCCUUCCAGCCUCCUACCACCAGGUGGAGCUCUCCUCCUCCACAUCAAAGAGAAGCUCAGAGAGGCUCCUCCCCCUAGGCAGGUGGAGGUCAGUGGAGGUGGAGCCAGAGGCCUGUUGAAGUCGGUGCUUCCUGGAAACAUGAAGGACCAGAAAAGAAGGGGCGGGACUUUACCUGCAGAGAGACCAAGGAGGCCUCCAGCCAAUCAGAGGAGAGUCACAGUUGCAGGGGAGGAGUCGGAUCUUGUGUCGUCGACUCUGCUGCAGAGAUGCUCGCAGAAACCCAGGAACAAUCUGCAGGUGGAGUUGUUUGGCCUCGUGUCUGAACUCGAUAAAGUUACCGUGGAGGAAGAUGAGGAGGAAGAGGACCAGCAGCAGGUCUACGUUCCUCGGGCUCUGGCGUUUAGACGAUCAUAUGGAGUCAAGAGGAAACCCCAGAGGGAGCGAGUCCAGGACUCUGACGGACAGUCCUCGUGCCCCACAGAGGUGGUGGGAGUCCUCACCCGACCCAAGGAACCGUCCAGUUUGAGCACGAAGGAGUCCAUGUUCCAGAAGGACCAAGAGGACAAAGAUGAAGACCUGGACACUAAAAUCACUCGACGGGUUCAGAGAGCCGCCAGGAGGCAGGCCAAGAAGGAGCAGCUGAAGAGGCUGCACAAGGCUCAGAUGAUCCAGAGGCAGCUGCAGCAGGUGGAGGUGAAGCAGAGGGAGCUGGAGGAGAGAGGAGUGAUGGUGGAGAAAGCUCUGAGAGGAGAAGCAGACUACUGGGAGGAUUCCAGCUGUGGCCCAGACAUGGAGCUUCACCUGGGAGGACUGGGCAAACUGGAUAAUCUGGCUCUGAUGCAGCAGUGGUUCCAGCUGGUCCAGCAGAAGAACUCUCUGGUCCGAUACGAAUCUGAACUCAUGAUAUUCGCUCGGGAGCUGCAGCUGGAGGACAGACAGAGCCGCCUGCAGCAGGAGCUCAGGGAGGGGAUGGCUGUGGAUGAUCACCUGAAGGAUGAGGAGCAGCUGGCUGAGGAGCGGCUGAUCUUGGAGGAGAUGCUGGAGGUGGUGGAACAGAGAGACGCUCUGGUGUCUCUGCUGGAGGAGCAGCGGCUGCUGGAGAGGCAGGAGGACCAGGACCUGGAGCAGAUUCUGGUAGCAGGAGGACUUGGACUCAGCUGGACCUGAGGAAACUGGAUCCGGCUGGAAUUCAGAUGAUCAAGCAGAAGCAGAAACUGAAUCCAGUCGGACCUGAACUGGACUUGAUGAGGCUGG